AUGGCGGAAGCGAAGUGCUGGAAAGAUGUGGCUGCUUGGAAGAUCAAGAAGCGGCUUCUCCCCAUCUUUGUUCUCGUGACAGUGGCCAACUACUUGGACCGCGGAAACAUCAGCUAUGCUGCUGAAGGGCUGAAGCAGAGGCUCGGACUGCAUGAUGUCGGCUAUGGGGCAGCCAGCAGUGCACUUUUCUACACCUAUGUUUGUUUCCAGUGGCCUCAUGCGUGGAUCGCCAAACGGCUCGGCGUUCGCUUGUGGCUGGCUGCAGUGAUCGCACUUUGGGGCUGCGCGACUCUGCUCACCGCAUGGGUGGACUCUGCCACCGAGCUGGUCCUCUGUCGCCUGCUGAUCGGAUUUGCCGAGGCGGGCUCCUUCCCGCUCAUCUACAUGCACUUGGACAGCUACCUACCGGCCGAGGAGGUGUCCCGAAGCUGGUCCAUCAUCGUCGCCGCCUCCCAGGUUGCCAGCAUCGUUUCUGGGCCUCUUGCUGCAGGACUGAUCCAGUUGCCUGUGAAUCAGAUGGUCAGCCAGCAUUGGGAGUGGCUUUUCGUGAUGGAAGGGUUCUUUGCGGUGGUCGUCGCGGCGGUUGUAUACUGCUGCCUCCUUGAUGACGACGGCAAUGGAGACAUGCUACACCUAACCACAGAGGAGAAGCUAGCUUUGGCGAAUGCUCGAGGCAAUUCCGUUCACCAAGCAGCACUGCCAAAACAGACUGCCGCGGGCAGCAAGUGCAGACUCUUGAGCGGAGGCCUCUUGGAUUGGAAGGCAUGGUACUUGGGCAUCGUGAGCCUGCUGAUUGCAACGCCCGUGUAUGCCUUCAUGUUCUUCUCCCCGGAGCUUAUCCACACGAUCCUGGGUGCGUCUGCAUCUCCGUGGAUGGUGGACAUGCUGAAUGGUCUCCCAUAUUUGUGUGGAGCCUUGAUGAUGAUAUCUGUCGGCCAAACCAUCAACUUCUUUUCAGAGAGGUUCUAUCACGGAAGUAUUUCCAUGAUUCUGGCCGCCGUUCUUGCCAUCAGCUUCCCCAUGGUUUAUGAAAAAAGUUCGCCCAUCGUCGCCCUGGUUAACGUCUGUUUGCUGUACGGAGUAGCGGCAGCAGUGUAUAUUCCUAUGGAUACGAUGCCUUCGGCUUACUGCUCCGAGUCGGCAGAGUCCUACUCCAUCCUGAACUCCAUCAAGAGCGUCAGCGGCAUCAUUGGCCCACCACUUUUUGGUGCUGUGAGGGAAGCUUUUGAUGGCCCGACAGCUGUCGCAGUCCUGGGCCUCUCGGAGGUACUUGGGCUCACGCUGUUCCUGAUUUUCUUCAUGCUUAUAGGCGAGCUGAAAGCAUCCGUAAGGUGUACAGAGCUUCCAACUGAGAGGAUUGAGCACAGCAAAUCCUUCGACAACGAGGUUUCCUCGGAUUCAGACCUUCAGUCCGUCUGA